AUGAAGACCAUUUUGGGUACCCGCUUCCUCGACAUCCCCGACGGCGUCACGGUGACGUGCAAGGCGAGGCACGUGACGGUGACCGGGCCGCGCGGCAAGCUCGAGCGGAGCUUCAAGCACGUCCAGCUCGACAUGCGCAUGGUCUCGCCGCAGAAGCUGCGCGUGGACCUCUGGUUCGGCACGCGCAAGCAGGUCGCGACGAUCCGCACGAUCUGCUCCCACGUGGAAAAUAUGGUGAUUGGUGUCACCAGAGGGUUCCUCUACAAGAUGCGCUUCGUGUAUUCCCAUUUCCCGAUCAACGUGUCCCUGGCCGGCAGGACGGUCGAGAUCCGCAAUUUCCUCGGCGACAAGAAGGUCCGGAGGAUUCCUUUACUGGACGGCGUCGAGUACACGCGCACGGCCGACGUGAAGGACCAGAUCGAGCUCACGGGCAACGACGUCGGUGCGGUUUCAUUAACCGCGUCGCAGAUCCGCCAGUCGUGCAACAUCACCAAAAAAGAUUUACGCAAGUUUCUGGAUGGCAUCUUCGUGUCGUGGAAGGGGCCGACGCCGGAGCCGGUGUAG